AUGUCUCCCGCCUUCUCAUAUCCGUCCUCGUCCCUCUCGCACUCAUUCGCCUACACCUUCAAUCAACCGCCGGUGUCGUCGCUGAGCAAGCUCUCCCUGAACCCCAUCUCGGAUUGGUCGGUCACAUUGAGAGACGGACUACCGACCCCUCCCUCCGACAUGAGCGGCGUGGCCUUCAACCCGCAGCUCGCUCCGUCGACCUAUGUCGCCAACAAGCAGCCUCAAUUUCCUCACUUCUCCAAGGCUCCGUCCACCCGUGUUCCCCUCGCCAACACUGUCUCCAAUGCCGCGCCCAACUAUCUGCCGCCCAUGGCGAAGGACCGCAAUGCCAUGUCCAUCGACCCCAAACCUCAGAAGAAGAUGAAUGAUGGCUCUGUCGCCUCGUACCUCCACAUUCCUGCCUCCAUCAACACGACUGCCGGCAGUUUGGCCGAAUUUGCUGCUCAGAUUGCAUGCUUGUUCUGGUUCGAAAAGACGUCCAAACUGAAGACGAUCGAGGAAAACACGGUACAGCGCUACGCUCUAGUCCCAGAGUCCAUCCCAACCAUGGGCUUCCAGAAAUGGUUGACUACCGUUCUGUCGACCACCCAAGUCAGCCAAAACGUCAUCCUGCUGGCUCUUUUGUUCAUCUACCGCCUCAAGAAAUUCAACACGGGCGUCCGUGGCAAGAAGGGAAGCGAGUUCCGGUUGAUGACCAUUGCUUUGAUGAUGGGAAACAAAUUUCUCGAUGACAAUACGUAUACCAAUAAAACAUGGGCCGAGGUCUCGGGUAUCACAGUGCAGGAAAUCCACAUUAUGGAGGUCGAGUUUCUCAGCAACGUGCGGUACAACCUCUUCGUGUCCAAAGAAGAAUGGACACAGUGGCACUCCAAGCUGGGCUGCUUUGCCAACUUUUUCGACAAGGCCUCGCGGAUGCCGUUCGAAACCGACCUGCCACCUACUACCCCCGUCUUCCAGAUCUCGCCGACCUUGCAACCGCUCUCGUCGGGAUGGAAAAGUCUCCCAGCGUCGCCCAGCUCCAAGCUGCCUUCACCACCCGCCUCAAACCAUCUUCAGCCACCGCAAAUGUGGGGGGCACCCUCGAAUGGCGUCAAUUCAUACCGAUCCCAUACUCCACCUCGACACUUGCCUAACAUUGGAUUCCCCCCAUAUCCCCGCAAACGCAGUUGGGAGGCGGAGAUGGACGACCACCCCAGCAAGCGAAUGGCUAUUCCGAAUAGUUACUCGUCCAUGUCGGGCGUCACUAGCACUAUGCCUGUUUUGCCCCCUGUGGCCACUAGCUCAGGGAAUAUGCCUUUUGUCCCUACACUUGGUGUACCAGUUCCUCGCUUACCACCCCAUUCAUCCAUAUCUGGCCCGAUGUCCAACAAUGUGAUACCCCCGACGACGAUGCCGACCGCCGCCUCGCAACAAUUGCCAUUGCCCAACGUUCGUGCAAUGUCGACGGUAUUCAACCCGGCCACAACAUGGUCCCAACCGAUGCCGGCCGCAACCACCGCCGUUACACCCCAGGUGAUGAACCCGAUGGCGCUAUACAACCAAACGGUAUCACUGCCAGAUCCAAAUCGGCGACAAAGUCCAUAUCCAACUGGCACACCGGGUACUACGGCCUCGCCAUCUGCUGCCUAUCCAAUACACACCCCUCAAACUCACCUCUCGCCAUCCAUCUGCCUCUUCAACCGCAACUCGCCUUACCGGCCGGUACGCGCUGUUAACACGCUGCUGAUUCCCCCACCAUCCGCGUCACUUCACCAGCCGCGAAAUCUGUCGAUGGACCAGAUGCACUAUCAGCCUCUGGGGAAAACAGUCACGGAGCGACGCACGGGGGUGCUCCCUUAUCUCCACCAUGAAGCAUGGCCCCAAGGACCCAUUGCACAACCCAACUUUCUGCCCAGCCAGACUUAUUAA